AUGUCUGCGUCGGUCUAUCUCCCAGCGGAAGUUGUCGUCCACAUUGUUGAAUUUGUCUUCGGCGAGGAUACGGUAUACCUGCCGGACCAGAAAGAGAAGCAACGGGACCUACAUAGCUGCUGCUUAGUAUCACGUCAGUGGUACUCGGCCUCUAUCGGCUUCCUUUAUCAUCGACCAUGUUUCGUGAAAGGAAAUAGCUUUGCCCAGUUGACCACCACUAUCUGCCCGCCUGUGGGAGCUAGGCAAAAGCGAAAGGUUGACCUGGGGUCGCUGGUGCACUGCUUGGACCUGGGUGGCUUGGUCCAUCACAGUUCCAACAGUCUGACGGCACGGCUGUUAAGUCGAGUCAAGAAAAAUCUGGAGUAUUUUGUAGCUCCGAGUGUCUCAUUUGCGUUGAAUAGCUUGCCGUCAUUGGCCAAGUGCCACAAACUCCGCUAUCUCGAUCUCUGCCGCAUCCACGGACAGAUCGAAUUCAUGACCAUGAAAAAGGCCAUUGGUCACCUUCAUGAGCUGGACACUUUAUUUCUACCAUCAUUACCAUUUUGCUCUAGCAUCGAUGAAGACGCGGCUGGGAUCUGGCCGUCUUCCCUUAAAUGUCUAUGGCUCACCGGCAUCGUUCAACUAGCUGCAAUGCCUUCAUUCGUCUUCCCUCCAGCGCUCGAGAGUCUCGUUUUACAGCACUGCCGGGAUCUUAGGCUGUCAGACUUAGAGAGAAUCCUGAACAGGCCACAGCUUGAGUCGCUCUUGUCGCUUUCCCUAUUUGAUGUCAGCUUCUUUGAGGGUGAGGACGGCGACAGCCCUGCGAUCUAUUAUCUUCCCAAUCUCAUUUACCUUGGAAUUUCAUACGACUCCCUCGAGCGCCUCAUGAUUUUCCCGCCACUGCCACCUUCAUAUUUGGGUCCCUUGUCUAUCAAAGUGCUCGAGGUCAGAGGUGAUUUUCAGGGAGAGGAAGCAACAUUUGACCCGGAACAGCUGAUUGAAGCGCUGAUGUUGAACCUUUCCAGCCUUCGCGCUUUGCGUCUGCAACAACGGCCUACUUUUCUGGACUCGUCACAUGUGGAAGAGAUUGAGCGUCUCCUUUGGAGACAUAUCCUUGCUCUUCCGCAAGAACGUCUGGACGAGGAGGACCUCUACCACGAGGAUAUGGGAAUUGUGAUUUCGGAGAUGGCGUAUGAAGAGACACGGAAUCUUCCGGAUGUUGAGAGGACCAUUCGCUUUCCAGCCUAUCGCCACAUGGAGUAG